AUGCUCCUCUUCAGCAUCAUUUCCGCAUAUGCGGCCCUCUGCCUCUUUCUGGCUUGGAACUAUAGGCAAUCAGCGACGAUCGCCGGGUCGGAUGGCCAGCAUUUCCCCAGAAACGCGCAACCUGACGCGUCGAGUUCUCGCGUGAUCACCCCAGAGGUAUCAGAGCUCGUACAAAGGCUCAUGAAGAAAGGAGACAUUCGCGGUCUGGCUGUCGGCGUCGUGCGCUGGUUGGAGGAGCCCAGCGCGUCAAACCCAGACGUCGAAUUCGGCUCGUGGGGGAUCAUGUCCGAGCAAGGCGCCAACGUGACUCCGGAUACCCUCUUCAACAUCGGCUCUUGUUCGAAGGCCUUCCUAGCGGUUUCGAUGGGCGUUCUCAUAGAAGACUUUCGACUCGGCCGCAAUAACACCGCACUGCCGCCGGGGCUCAACGAACUUACCUGGGACACGCGUCUCGCGAGUCUGCUCUCCGCCGAUGAAUGGGGGCUUACGGAUGAAUGGGCUACGAAGGAAGCUAACAUAGGCGACAUUCUGAGCCACGUCUCCGGGCUCCCUCGGCAUGACUUCGCUUGGGGCUACACCGAUUCUGUGGUUGACAUCGUGAAGCUCACCCGAUACCUGAAGACAACCCACGGGUUGCGGCAGCAAUGGGACUACAACAACCAGAUGUACAUCCUUGCGGCAUACAUCAUCGAGCGCUAUGCAGGGAUGCCGUACAGCCAAUUUGCGAGUGAACGUAUCUUCGAUGUACUUGGCAUGAGUGCGACGACGUUCAGCCCUUCGGUAGCAAAGCGAUCCGGACACUUGAGCCAUUCGUGGUCGCACAAUGGGAGACGCAUUCCGAUGUGGUUCGGAUCCAAUGCGACCGAGAUGCUAGCAGGUCCCGGGGGCGUCAUCACGAGCGCAAGAGACAUGACGAAGUGGAUAGUUGCUCUCGUUCCCGGAGUUACAAGUCUACACCCGCAAGACAAUUCUCUCCCCUCUCGCAUUCUCAUGGACGUCACCCAAGCGCGGUCAAUUGUCAAUGGCCGCUCAUCCGCACCCGGCUUCUCGAUGGUUGGCUACGGCAUGGGCUGGUUCCGGCAGACCUAUCUUGGGCACGAGCUCGUCUACCACGCCGGCGCCGCUCCGGGGUUCAGGGCGAAGGUGAUCCUUCUGCCAUGGAAGCGUGCAGGGGUGGUAGUGAUCGUCAACAGCGACGACACUCUCACGUUCUACGAUACCAUCGCCACCAACCUCGUCCACAGCAUCCUCAGGCUCCCUCUGCUUCCGGAAUCUGAACCCCUUGCACCCAUGGUCGACACGAGACACGCCGGGGUGCUGCCUCUAGUGCGUGGAGACGCCCAAACAGGCGCGAACGAUGCACUAUCACCUGGCGGAACGCAAGCACCUUUCCGCGCAACACAGAGCGCCCCGCUCGAUCUCAAGGCAUACGCGGGGACGUACACGAACGGCAGCUACGGCAACCUCACAUUCUGCGCACCCUCCACCACAUCCGCGUACUGCGCCCGCGUCCAUGCCGCCUUCGCCCUCACGCACAACGGCACGCUCACCCCUGUGCUACUCUCGGAGUGGACGUGCCUGAUCGCGUCGCACGUCCGCCUCACGCCCCUGCGAGACGCGCGAGCGCCAGGUACCUUCCGGCUGGACACGCACUUCCUGCUCCCUGAGGGGUACGGAGAGGACCGGUCUCCGUUCGACUAUGAGAUGUUCUUGCCUCACGAGUUCGGAUAUUACACGCAGUGCGCGAUUGGGGAGGAGGGUGGGGACGAAGGUUGUGGGGUGUUCUUGACGGCGGAGGCGUAUAUGGACGUGAAGGAGGGCGCGCCGCUGCGUGAGCAGGCGGAUGUGUGGUUCGAGAAGGUCGCGUAA